AGCAGACUGGCUCUGCGCGGAGAGACUGGAUCCGGAAUGCGGGAGGAUGACUCUGGACCAUGAGAGAAAGUGGAGUCAGACGCACUGAGCCGCAGCGAUAACACAGCGCGCCGCAAAAUGAAGACAGCUAUGCGCCAUGGAGUAGCUGUGCUUCUCGUGCUCCUCCUGUGUGCCAGCUUGUUCCUUGUGUACAAUGGGAGCUUCAACAGUCCUUCUAGGGACACUAAUGACACACGCAUCCGACAGCAUGAACAGCUGCAGCGACCAACUGAAGCCUCCGUCAGUGUGACCAAGCCUCACUUGCCGGUCCUCCAGGGAUACAGUGGCAUCAUUGACCAUAAGCCCCUCCGGAUGCACUGCCAUACCUGUGCCCUGGUCACCAGCUCAGGUCACCUCAUUGGAGGCGGUCGGGGUAAAGAGAUCGACCAGGCUGAGUGUGUCAUCCGUAUGAACGAUGCUCCCACAGCCAGGGGUUAUGCCCAUGAUGUCGGCCGCCGCACCUCCCUGCGGGUCAUAGCUCACUCCAGCAUGCAGCGGGUCCUGCGCAGUCGCCACGAGCUGCUCAACGCCAGCCAGGACACAGUGUUCAUCUUCUGGGGCCCCAGCAACUACAUGAGGCGCGAUGGGAAGGGACUGGUGUACAACAACCUGAGGCUGAUGAACCAGGUGCUGCCCAAACUAAAAGUCUACAUCAUCUCCUGGCAGAAAAUGCUGCAGUUUGACGAACUCUUCAAGAAGGAGACUGGCAAAGACAGGAGGAUAUCAAACUCCUGGCUGAGCACUGGUUGGUUCACUAUGACCAUCGCCCUGGAGCUUUGCGACAGGAUCAAUGUGUAUGGGAUGGUGGCCCCUGACUUCUGCAGGGAGCCUCAGCACCAGUCAGUCCCUUACCACUACUACGAACCUCGCGGUCCAGAUGAGUGCGCCAUGUACAUUUCACAUGAGCGCGGGAGGCGAGGCAGCCACCAUCGCUUUAUCACAGAGAAGCGGGUGUUUGCCAAGUGGGCACGGACGUUUGACAUCCACUUUUAUCAGCCGGACUGGAGCCCGCCACCUCUCCCGGCCAACUGGACCCUGGAACGGACAACCCCUCUGGCUCCCCAGAAGACGUGACUGGUGUUGGGGUGAACUGAAGACUUUAGAAACUGAGGAAUGGGAACAUUUGCACUGAGGGUCAACUGAAUCCAGAAAAUAAACAAUGAAAUAAGACAAAAGAAGAAAAAACAUUACAGAUGUGGACUGAGUCUUGAUCCUGCUGGACAGUGUUUAGUUCACUGAGGUGAACCAGUUCAGAGUUGUUUGAAAACCUUGUUAAGUGAGUUACACGUGAAGGCAAGGUUAUCAUACACUCUUGGUGCAUGCAUGCAGUGUUUAACUGUGGACUCUGCUAGUCUUUGUGCAUAUGUGAAUGAGUACGCAUUAUUUCACUGGAGGGAUCACAGUGAAUACCAGCUUAAAUUUGGUUUCACCGUACAAAGGAUUCACCGCCAACAGCUCAUAGAGAUAUAACAUUAAAAUCCCUGAAUUUAACAGUGUAGCUCCGGAAGCAGAACAAGAUGAAUACAAAUAACGGUGCACCUUGAGUUAGAUUGUGUGAAUUAUCACUUCAGACACUAGAUUUUUCUGUAGUUUUCAAAGAUUGUGGGGGUCGAGUCGAAUGAGAUUCUGUAGACCCCUGUCUCAUGCAACAAAGGCUCAAUUCCUUUCAAAGCAGUUAAAUAAAUCACUUCCCCGACUUUCAUUUAUACCGCUUUUCACAUGUUUGCAUUGUGAGUUCAUCCAAGUCAAACUCUGCAGCAUCCAGAUGAUUGACAGGUGUGUAACAGCUACUGGUUGAUUUCAUCUUGUGUGUGCACUUCUUUCAGUCCCAUACGUGUAUGUCAUAAGGCUUUGUUGCGCCUGUCAGCAGGUAAUAGUGCGAUUUAUUUAACCACAAGCUGGAUUUCCAUGUAAAAGCUCAGGCAUGUCACACAAGACAAGUAGAAGAUGAAGAUCGAGAGCAGGGGUGCAGCAGCAGCAUUCAUCCUACUAUAUUCAUCAGCUUCUUCUGUGAACCUGAACCACCUCACAGGGGAAUGACAUCAUUUCAAGGAAUACUGCUUUUUUUUUCUUGUUUAACUGAUGAGUAUGUGAUCUGACACUCUGGCUCUGGACUGUGUUUUAUGGGCUACAUGUGGACUCCCCCUCUUCUCCGUCCUCAUGAAUAAAAACCAGGUGUCAGUAAGGAAAGAGUGAUAAGACACAAAGUUAUCUUAAUGAUACAUCCUGCUGCUAUGUCUCUAUUGAUUUUGCCUGCAUCCCUGUAACAUUAGUAAUGAGAAGACAGGUACUGUGGGUCAGAUACAUCACAACAGCAUGUUUCAUGCUACAUGACUGCAUCUCAUACAUCAUAAAUAGCCGCGGCUUGGCUCAGAGUGCUGCUGAUGAAGAAAUGGGUUUUUCUACUGAUGAUGACCCAUUCUGUAUUGAAGUGUUAAUUUCUUGACUAAAUUUAAACAUGAUAAGCUGUUCAGGACUGCAGCUGCUGGUAUAUGGUUGAUUAAAUGGAAAGAGGAGAUCAUUUCAGACUGCUUUCUUUUUAAAAGCAGCAAUCCGGAAAUAAACUGAUGUGGUCAGUAAUUGUACAGAUCUGAGAAAAAAGACGAAUCUUCACACCUAUUAAAAAGUUGUGGUAUUUUUUAGAUUCUAGCUUUAUAAAUAACUUAUGUUGUUCAACGUGUUAAAAGUAAAAUCAUUCUCUUGCUUGCUGAGUAUAAGCUGAAAGGAUUAAUACUUUUCUCAUGUCUGUAGCUGGUUAGCACAAACUCAAAGCUGAAAUAUGAGACCAUUUGUACCACUGCCUCUAGACUCUGGGUCAUUUUUUGAAAAUGUCCAAGAUAUAUUCCAGCACAUAAAUCUGACAAGAUACCAAAAUGUCAGACCAAUAGAAAAAAAGGAUAAUUUGAUAGCAUCUGACACAGUUACAGAAUAAAUUUGAAAGAUAAUCUUCUCAGCACAAUGUAAAAAGAAAUUCAAAAUGUCUUUAAACAAUGGUUAUGAUUACAUGCACAGCCAUCUUCUGAUGUUAGACUGGUUACAAUCAUGACACAUUUAUCAUUUUGUAAUUACCUUAAUAAGGUUGUUAGUGGAGAAAGAAAUUAUUGAAAUAAGCUAUGACCAAUACCCCAUGUUGCCAGGUUUGAUCAUGAUUAGCAACUUUAGGGCUUUUUUUCCCCUUAUUCUUUUGUUUUCACAAAUCUGGUUGCUUAUUUCUUUCAUAAGAUCUGGAACUACCAGCUCUAGUAAAGGAUUCAGUCCUGAAGAAGAACAUGCACUUCUUCAGGUUUGGAUAAAAUUAAGACUUUGGAUUAGUACUGUGAUUGUUUUGGUGGAUGUAAAGAGGGCAUGAGUCUUUACUCUGACUAUGCUCUGUAAAAUGUAAUAUUGUCUUAUUAAUGUCAAAUGUAAUAAUAUUUAUGUCCAUGAACACCUAGGCAAUGAGUCAGUUAUUCUUCCUGAUUAAUUUUCUGUUGACGCCUCACUUCAGCUGACAUUAGUCUGCACUGGGUCAUUAACACGCCAUUAAAUAAAAUGUUUUUUAUCA